ACUAAAACUAGAACCAACCAGAGACAUCUCCUUCAUUUAAAAUCAAAAAAACAAAAAACCCUAAAAUCUCUGCUCUUCCACUACACUCCACUUGAAGACUCAACUUUGAACCUCUGUUUCCGCCAACAACGCAACCGCAAUGGCAGCCAUGCUGCAGCCGCAGAUCAUACUGCUGAAGGAAGGGACGGACACGUCGCAAGGGAAGGCGCAGUUGGUGAGCAACAUAAACGCGUGCACGGCGGUGGCCGAUGUGGUGCGGACGACGCUGGGACCGCGAGGGAUGGACAAGCUGAUCCACGAUGAUAAGGGAAGUGUGACGAUUUCAAAUGAUGGAGCAACUAUAAUGAAGCUUCUUGACAUCGUCCAUCCCGCCGCGAAGAUUCUCGUCGACAUCGCCAAGUCUCAGGACUCCGAGGUUGGAGAUGGUACCACUACUGUUGUUCUACUUGCUGCUGAGUUCUUGAGGGAGGCUAAGCCGUUUAUUGAAGAUGGAGUUCACCCUCAGAAUUUGAUUAGGAGUUUUCGCACUGCAAGCCAUUUGGCUAUUGAGAAGAUCAAGGAAUUAGCUAUUAGCAUAGAGGGAAAAAGUCUAGAGGAGAAGAAGACUUUGCUGGCGAAAUGUGCUGCUACCACACUCUCUUCCAAACUCAUUGGUGGGGAGAAAGAGUUCUUUGCCUCAAUGGUUGUUGAUUCUGUAAUUGCUAUUGGGAACGAUGAUAGGUUGAAUUUGAUUGGAAUUAAGAAGGUUCCAGGUGGUACCAUGAGGGACUCCUUCCUGGUAAAUGGAGUUGCCUUUAAAAAGACGUUUUCAUAUGCAGGGUUUGAACAGCAACCGAAGAAGUUCUUAAAUCCAAAAAUACUCUUGCUGAAUAUUGAGUUGGAACUGAAAUCUGAGAAAGAAAAUGCGGAAAUCAGACUUUCGGAUCCAUCACAGUAUCAGUCAAUUGUUGACGCAGAAUGGAAUAUCAUUUAUGACAAGUUGGAUAAGUGUGUGCAGUCUGGAGCCAAAGUUGUCCUUUCACGGCUUGCCAUUGGUGAUCUAGCCACACAGUAUUUCGCAGACCGAGAUAUUUUCUGUGCUGGCCGUGUUGCUGAAGAAGAUCUGCAACGGGUUGCUGCCGCAACUGGUGGAACUGUUCAAACAUCUGUGAACAAUGUUAUUGAUGAGGUUCUUGGGACUUGUGAAGUUUUUGAGGAAAAGCAAGUUGGAAAUGAGAGGUUUAAUAUAUUCAGUGGAUGCCCUUCGGGGAGGACAGCCACUAUAGUUCUUCGUGGUGGAGCUGAUCAGUUCAUUGAGGAAGCUGAGCGGAGUUUACAUGAUGCAAUCAUGAUUGUUAGAAGGGCUUUGAAGAACUCUACCGUAGUUGCUGGCGGUGGUGCUAUAGAUAUGGAGAUAAGCCGGUAUUUGAGGCAGCAUGCACGAACAAUAGCUGGAAAGUCGCAGCUCUUUAUCAACUCUUAUGCAAAAGCUCUUGAGGUGAUCCCACGGCAACUGUGUGACAAUGCUGGAUUUGAUGCAACUGAUGUGCUGAAUAAAUUAAGACAGAAGCAUGCACUUCCAUCUGGUGAGGGGGCUCCUUAUGGCGUGGAUAUCAACACUGGUGGAAUUGCAGAUUCAUUUGCUAACUUUGUCUGGGAGCCAGCCGUUGUUAAGAUUAAUGCUAUAAAUGCUGCUACUGAAGCUGCUUGCCUUAUCUUGAGUGUUGAUGAAACAGUAAAGAACCCUAAGUCUGAGAGUGCUCAGGGAGAAGCAGCUGCAAGUGCCAUGGGUGGCAGAGGUCGUGGUGGAGCUGCAUUCCGUGGCCGUGGCCGUGGUAUGCGCAGGCGAUGAGCUGACAGGGGACUUUUGACCUAAUUUUUUGGGUUGACUUUAUUAGAAUUUUCGUCUUUUGUACCUUUUCCUAUGAAAAGUUUCAGUAUGUGGGGUUUUGAAGCGUAAUUGAAAAUUAAAUUGACUGGUGGCGUGUUUGAGCGAUGAGCCUCCUGCUGCUUGCUUGCUUUUGUUGUGUUCUACUGCAGCAGCAUUUAUGUAUUCUACAUUUACGCGACGGGAAUUGAGACUAAUUUUGGUUUUGUGGAAAGAUAGCUAUGGAUUUUGGGCUUUUUAUUUUUCAAUACCAUACGGGGAACCGCAAAUCUAGAGAUAAUAACUAUGCCCAUCCCAAUAUCCACCAUCAUUUUUGACAACAGAUUGUACUAGCCCUAUACAAUUAUUCCCGAAAAAAGGCAUGAAAAACCAUGAAAUUUAAAUGUGAAAAAAAGUCUAUUUCUGAA